AUGGCGGCCACACCCUCGGCCGAAUCUCCCGCCCUUCCCACGCUAGUCACCAUCGGCGUGUCGCAUUUCUGCGAAAAAGCUCGCUGGGCCCUGCAACGUUAUGGCCUGGCGUAUGUGGAGGACACCCACCCUCCUGGCUUCCACCGCCCCGCCGCCAAGCGCGUGGGCGGGCGCCGCGCCACGCCCUGCCUGGGCCUGCCCACCGGCGGCUGCGUGGACGGCUCCGACGCCAUCCUGCGCUGGGUGGACGAGCAGCGGGGCGCGGCGGGCAAGCCGGGGCUGCCGCUGUACCCACAAGAGCCCGCCGCCGCAGAGGAGGUCACCCGCCUCUGCCGGCUGUUCGACAAGGAGCUGGGCCCUGCGGCACGCGUGUGGGCCUACUCGCACCUGCUGUACACCCGCCAGAUUGCCGAGGCGAUGGCCUCGCCGCCGGCGCCGUGGGGCGAGCGCCUGGCGAUGCGGAUGGGCCUGUGGCUGGUCACCCGCAGCCUGAUGGCCAGAGGCCUGGGCAUCAACGCAGAAAACGGCGCCGCGGCGUUCGAGGUGGUGCAGCGAGUGUUUGUUGAGGUGGAUGCCCUGCUGGCAGACGGCCGCCCCUUCCUGACGGGCCAGCAGUUCACCGCGGCAGACCUGACGUUCGCGGCGCUGGCGGCGCCGGCGGUGGGGCAGGCCUAUGCCAAUGCGCUAGGGCUCAGCGAGGCGAUGCCUGCCGCCAUGCGGGAGCAGACGGAGCGGGGCGUGGUGCUGUCGUAG